AUGGGAUACGUUUUUGGUCGUCCAGUAAUAUCUAAAAAACGUAGAACUUCAAAUACUUCAAUGGAUACUAGCUCUAAUAGCUCUAAUAUUAAUGCAUUUACCCCUUCUUCUUCGACCUCUUCAUUCACUACGACAAAUAUAUCACCAAAAAGUCCUUUGAAACGUUUCAAACUAUUCAGCUCAAAAAGUAAAAGAUCAAAAGUGUCUUCUUCAACUUAUAUUUCUCAAAAAACCCCUUCUAUAGUAAUACGUCCAGACCAAGUAACGGAUGAUGAUGAUGAUAUUUCAUCCAUGUAUUCCGAAGUUACUAGUUUAUAUAUUAUGAAUGAUCGUGAUCGAAAGACACUAUCCGUACCAAAUUUACCUGCCGCACUUCAUCAAUCACAACAACAUUGUGAUAAUUCCCCUUCAAUAUCAAUUAUGAGUAGUACAUUUAAUCCUCGCUGCGUAACAGGAAUUGUUGAAGAAGAGGAAGAGGAUGAAAAUUGGGAUGCACAAAGUGACUCCGGAUAUGAUGAACCACUUUCUAAAGCUGCGGGAAAGUCAACUUCCACCUUACCCUUAUCAAAUUCUCCUCCUCCUCCGAAACGACAUACCCGAUGUAAAUCAUUACCUCCUAUUAGUGUAAAAGAUUAUAAAGAUUAUUCCCCAAGUCUUUAUCAUCGACAACCAACUCCAAGUGAGGUUUGGGAUGAAGAUGAAGAUUUUGAUUUAGGAAAUACGGAUGAAUUGAAUGUCCCAUCAUUAGUUGAAGAAUCUCAAGUUUCAUUAAGAAUGGAUAUCUCCAAUAUAAGAGAUUUUGUGUUUUAUAUAGGUGAAUUAAAAGUACUUCGUGAUGAAAAAGAAAAACUUUGCUAUACGAUACAAACAAAGACAACCAGAAGAUGGACUAACGGAUUCUUACGUCCAAGCUCCAAAAAAGUCAAAUAUCUUGAAAAUAUAUUCAAACAAGAUUGGGGAGAAGCAGAUGUAAUUAUUGAUAUUGCAGAUGUUGCUCAAGAUAAUGAAACAACAUUUAGUGGAGGGAAACGCGUUGAAGUUGAUAUUGAACGCAUUCCUUCAGAACGUCAUUUGAAAAUAUUUAAAAAAAUUGUUAAAGACAGUUUAGGAGAUGAAGCCAAAAAUCUUGAAUUAUUUAAUGAUGAUGAUAAAGAAAAUCAAUAUGAUCCUAGUAAGAAAAUUAAAGAAAAAUUUAAGGCACGUCAUUCUAAAAACAUUGAUGAAAAUGAAAAUGAAGUACGAAAAGAAGAUUUUAAAAUAUCCGUUGAAGUGAUGCCAAGCCUAAUCGAUUAUUUGAAGAAAUUACAAGUUCGAUUAGAUAUUCAUAUUAAAGAACUAAAUAAAUUAACGCACACUUCUUCUCUAUAA